AUGCAGGACUCGCUGGAACUCUGCGGACCGACCGCGGCCCACGGCGGACCGCUCCACGAUUGCCACGGCCGCAACAUCGCGAUCAGCAACAAAGGCUGUGUGGCGCGCCGCGUGGCCAGCUACAACCAGGGCCAUGGUGCUUCGGCCCAGCCGCUGCGCGCCGGACAGCUGUUCGAGGUGCGGAUCGAGCGGCUGCUGCCGUGCUGGAGCUCGUCGCUGAUGGUGGGCGUGUGCCGACUGAGUCCGGAGCGGGCCUCCAGCCUGCCCGUGUCGGCCCUAGGACUACGCCGAGCUGCGUGGUACAUCGCAUCCGAUGCCGUCUUUCACAACGGCGUCAAGGUCCGCAGCCGGUACGGUGUGGACCUGGACACGCUGUCGUCGGGCCACCUGGUGGGCGUCAUGGUAGACGCGCAGGCGCGGCUCCACCUGUACGUCAACGGCGCGGACCAGGGCGUGGCCGCCGCGCCCGUCAGCACGCCCUGCCACGCGCUGCUCGAUCUCUACGGCCAGUGUGUGCAGGUGUCUGUGUGCCAGUCGGACGGGGCGGUGGAGGAGUGGCCCUCGGCCGAUCCCCUCCGCAGACUGCACGGCGCCGAGCGCGCCCUGCCGACGUGGCGCCCGCCGUCAUGAAGAACUGUACCUUCCAGAACGCCUGCCUACGCUUCAAAGCUGCCCUCGGCCUGCCCGACGAGUACUUCUCGUCGGAGCCGGCGCAGUGCCUGUGCG